AUGAGCCUCUACCUCAAGACUUUCUGGGUCCUCGGCUGCGACGCCCUCUCCCUGCGUAACAGCACGGCAUACUGCACUAUCUCCGUCGACGGCCAGCAAGUCAAGAAGACGCACACCCAACACACAGACAGUGCAUCUCACUGGGUCACCAACGCUCACAUCAAUGCUGAUGCAUCCCAGACAGUCACUAUCGACCUCUACGACGGCCAGACAGACGAAUGCUUUGCAUCCUGCGACGUCCGCGCGGUUGACAUCGCGCAGUACACUACCGGCACUAUGACCUGUCCCUUGACCCGUGGCCAGGGCUAUCUCGCGCUCAAACUCGUAGACGUGUCUAUCCCGACGUCCGGCAAGCCCGCGGUGUUUGCUGCGUCCGCCUCUGCACCCAUCGCCGCAUGA